AUGAAAGAUGGAUUUUUCCAGGUCCAGUUUCCUUCAAAGGAUGAUCUAUUACAGGUGUUAUCGAGAUUCCACACUUUUCAACGUCGUGCUAUUAUAGUGAAAAAAUGGCAUAAGAGUUUCCAACUUGAAUGUGAUAUUCUAUCUUCAGUGCCUAUUUGGAUGAAGGUGUAUGAUCUCCCUGUGCAUGCUAGAAGUGGUAUAUCGGUGUCAAAGGUGGUCUCUAAUAUUGCAAAACCUCUAUAUAUGGAUGCUAUUACUCUUAGUCGUGAGCGAGGAUUGUAUGUUCGCGUUUUAGCAGAAAUGGAGGUGGAUGGAAAUUUUCCCGAAACCAUCCAAACUCGAUUACAUGGAGUGAAAUUCAAAGUCCAAAAUGAGUAUGAAUGGAAACCCCAAGUGUGUAGUUUAUGUAAAAAAAUGGAACACUCUGAAAAUAUGUGUCCACUGAAUAAAAUCAAAGUCACUAAAUCGAAGGAACAGUGGGUGGUGAAGAAAUCAGUGAAGGGAAAAGAAGUGUGUGUUGAUCAGAAUUUGAGUUUGAUUAUUACUGAUAAAAUUUCGGAGGAGUUGGAGGAGGGUUUUACUAUUCCAAGAAAAUUAAGAGGGAAGAAAAGAGUUUCUCCAGUGUCUCAAAAUCCGAUUAUUGCUAAGAAUGCAUUUCAGGUGCUUAAUGAAAGUGUUGAGAGUGAGGAUUCUAUAGUUCCUAUGGAUAUUGUAGGGACUACAGAGUUUUUAGUUUCAGAAUUAGAUAAGGUGAAGGCUACUGGUGGUAUUUCUGACAUAAAGGAAGAUGACAACCAAGCUGAGGUUAAUCCGUUAAUGCUGGAAGCUGCUAAGAAUGUUGUGCAAGAAGUCCAGGCUAAUGGAAAAAAGGUUGCUGAUGCUGUUGUUCUGAUAGUUCUUGCUGAUGGAAAAAAGGCUGAAGAUGAUGCUGCUGUGAUAGCUCCGGUAUCUCUUGAAGGGAGUGUCUCAUCCAAGAAACAAAAGAAAAGGAAGAAAAAAGAAAUUGAAGUGGAUUCAAGUGUAGAGAUUACAGGGACUGUUUCUAGAUUUUUUGUUACUUUUGUUUAUGCUAAUAAUACUGCUAGGGAAAGGACAGAUCUUUGUAAGUCAUUAAUGGAGAGUCUUCCACUUAUUAAUGGUCCAUGGAUGCUGAUUGGGGAUUGGAAUAUUGUUCGAUGUAACUCUGAGAAGCUGGGAGGUAGAUACCAUUCUCCAAGAGUUUUUGCUGAAUUUAAUCAUACCAUUGAUUCUUUAUGCUUAACUGAUAUUCCUGUGACAAAUGGGACUUAUACAUGGUUUAAUAAUAGAUUCUUAAAUAGAAGAAUUUAUGCUAGAUUGGACAGAGGAUUAAUGAAUGAGGAGUGGGAUCAGACUUAUCCAAAUGCUCAAAUAGUUUUGACUCCUCCUCUGACUUCUGAUCAAUGGGGAUUAAUCCUUCACUUACCAAUGAAGAUUGCUGAUGGUCCUAAACCAUUUAGAUUUUUGACAGUAUGGAACAAGGAAAUUGCUGUUAAGGAUAUUAUUUCUGAUGUGUGGAAUUUGAAGACCGAUGGGGAUCCUAUAAAGAAGAUGCUUUACAAGUUAAAAUUAGUUAAGCAGACAGUUAAACAGUGGAACAAGGAUAAAUUUGGUUCUCAAGAAGAAGAAGGUAGGAGGAAAUUGGAAGCUACUAUUUCUAAUGAGGCUUUAACUCUGGCUCAGAAAUCUAGAAUUCAAUGGGUGAAAGAUCAAGACAGAUGCUCUAAAUAUUUUUUCCAGAAAAUAAAACAGCACCGACAAGGGAAUAAUAUCACAGAAAUUCAUGAUGAAGGGGAGGUUUUUACUGAUCCAACUUUGAUUAAGACUAAGUUUGUUGAUUAUUUUAAGUCUGCUUAUGCAAACUUUCAGCCUGCAUCUCAAAUUCCUCAAGCUAAAUAUAUUAGGAAAAGACUUGUGACAGAUGAAAUUGAAAGGUUAGAGGAGGUUGUGUUAAAGGAGGAAAUCAAAAGCACAGUUUUGGCUAUGGGCUCGGAUAGAGCUCCUGGUCCAGAUGGAUUUUCCACUAGGUUCUUUCAACAGUUUUGGGGUAUUGUUGGAGAGGAAUUCACUGAUGCAAUUCUUCAAUUCUUUGAUCAUCCAGAAAUGGGAAGAGGCAUCAAUAGAAUUAUGGAAGCUGAGGUUCAAAGUGGUAAAGUUAUUCCAACUGAAGCUGCAGUUAAAUCUGGAAUACCUAUUACGCAUCAAUUUUUUGCUGAUGAUUUGUUGAUAGUUUUUGAAAAAGCUUUAGGUUUAGCAGUAAGUAAGGAGAAAUCCGAGGUCUUCAUUACUAAUUCAGUUAGGAGGAAAACUGGUAUCAUUAGAUCUCUUGGCUGCAAGGUGGGUAAACUUCCUUUUACUUACCUUGGUUUUCCUAUAUCAGAUAAAAUGGUUAGAAGCAUGGAUUGCAACAAGCUAGUAGAGAAGGUUAUUUCUCUUACAACUAGAUGGAAUGGUCUUCAUCUUUCUAUAGCUGGUAGAGUGGAAUUGAGCAGGGCUGUAAUUCUUCCAUUGGUACACUAUUGGACUUCUGUUUUUUCCUUACCUGCUGUGAUUAUCAAUAUCAUUGAAAGGAAAAUGAGAAACUAUAUUUGGGGGUAUGUUAAAGACAAGAAAAAGAUGCAUGGUUUGCGCUGGAAUAAAUUUGUUGUUCCUAAAGAGGAAGGGGGUUUGGGUCUAAGAAGAUUGAGGGACAUUGACAAGGCUGCUAAGUGUAGUCUUACUUGGGAUUUUUUGUUAUCCAAAGAUAGAUUGUGGGUGGCUUGGUUUAAGGAAAAUUACUUGAGACAUUCUUCCUUUUGGAAUGUAAUUCCUAAGGAAUCAUCCUCUUCAAUCUGGAAAAUAGCUGGUAGAGAAAUUAUAAAAGAAAAUUGCAGAUAUAGAAUUCGUAAUGGUCAGCAGAUUCAAGUGUUUUUAGAUCCAUGGUGUGAAGGUUUGGAAUGGUAUUUCUGCCAUAGUUGGAUGGAAUUUACAAAGGGUCUUGGAUUUGCAGAACUUGGUAAUGGUGUUUAA